AUGGAUUCCCUUCAAGCCACCUACAGAGAGGAAGACGAAGACGAAGACGAACAACAGCAACAACCACCCAACAACAGCAACACCCACCGCAAUUCUCCUACCCGUCCUCCUCCCUUCACCACCACCACCACCAGCAGUCCCAUUGAACUUGAGGAACACCAAAACGGAGCAAACCCACCUCAAAACGACACUGAAACAACAACAAUUGACAACACAACAGCCAACCAACAACCUCAACAAGAGGACGCCUUUGUAUCAGCCUCUGAAUCUCUCUCCGAAUCAGACCACCCGACGACCUCAAACGACACCGAGAAACCCACACCAAAAUCUCCCAAAAUUGAAGACACAGAAAUUGAUGACAUUGAAGACGAUGAAGAUGAAGAAGACCCACCUCCUAAAAAACAAAAACAACUCUCCUCUUUGACACAAAAGCAAGAGCUACCUGAACCCACGACGGCAGCAGAAAUCGAAAACAAUAACGACAGCAAUGGAGCCACCGAAUUCAAGAAACCAACCAAAAUCACCCCAACAGCAAAAAAGAAGUCGAAGAAAAAGAACAACAAUAAUGUAUGGGUUACGAGAUCCACACGCAAAGGCAAGAAAAAAACAAAACCAAACCCACAAAAUACACCAUCAGAAGACACUGUUUUAAUCACUCCAGUACCAAGAUUCCCUGACAAAAGCGACGACACCCCAGACUUAAAAAUUUGCUUAUCUAAAGUAUAUAAAGCAGAAAAGGUCGAAUUGAGCGAAGAUAGAUUGAGUGCAGGGAGUAUUAAGGGGUAUAGAAUGGUGAGAGCUACAAGAGGUGUAUCUGAAGGAGCUUGGUAUUUUGAAAUUAAAGUGGUUAGUUUAGGAGAAACCGGGCACACACGACUGGGGUGGUCUACGGAGAAAGGGGACUUGCAGGCGCCGGUUGGAUAUGAUGGAAAUAGUUUCGGGUAUAGAGAUAUUGAUGGGAGUAAAGUGCAUAAGGCAUUGAGGGAGAAGUAUGGCGAGGAAGGGUAUAAAGAAGGGGAUGUUAUUGGGUUUUAUAUUAGUUUGCCGGAGGGGGAAUUGUAUACUCCUAAACCUGCUCAUUUGGUUUGGUAUAAAGGGCAGAGGUAUGUUUGUGCUCCUGAUGCUAAGGAAGAUCCACCCAAGAUUGUUCCUGGGAGUGGAGGCGGCAUGGCAGGGAGUGUUUUGAAGCUUGAAGCUACCUGCACUUGCACUAAUUGUGACACAAUAAGUUUAGUGGGGCGUCUUAAUCUGUGGUAUGAAGAGUCAUAUAGCCACUUCCCUGAUGCUGUUGUUCUUCCUGGAGGCUUGGAGUACAAGAAGGGUGGCAAGGUGAGCUCCUCUCUCUGGCAGUGUGCAGCUAGGUUUGUAGGUAAGGAAAGGUUUCAACCUUUGCUGCUCAGCGUCCACAUGGGACAGGCAGCUGGAAGUCCUACUGUACACUGGAAAUUUUUGAAUCUGGCUUUGCAAAAUCUGAUUCGGUUUUGGUUUGUUAAUGCUGAUGGAAGUGAGAUAUCUUUCUUCAAAAAUGGAGUAUGUCAAGGUGUUGCUUUCAAGGAUUUAUUUGGUGGUCGUUACUACCCUGCUGCUUCAAUGUACACUCUCCCCAAUCAGCCAAACUGUGUGGUCAAGUUCAACUUUGGCCCUGACUUUGAAUUCUUUCCAGAGGAUUUUGGAGGACGUUCAGUUCCCAAGCCUAUGUUUGAUGUUCCUUAUCAUGGGUUUGACAAUCGUGCUGAAAAUGGUGUCACCGAGGAGAAGAAACCUUAG